AUGGCUAGACGGCUGUUCCGGCGACGGAUGCCUAGACGUGUGACCUGCCGAUGGUUGUUGAGAGGCAAGAAAACAAGUCCGCCGCCUCACUAUUCUACGCCUGAUUAUUCCUCCUUGCCUGAUGAAAUACAAGAGCAGAUACUCUUGAAACUACAAUGCUUUAAGUCUAUUGUAACAUGCACUUCUGUCUGCAAAUCAUGGUAUGUUUUGAUCAAAUCACGCGGCUUUAUUACCAUGCACCUCUCUCGUCCACUUAGUAAUGCAGAGUAUUUUCUCUGCUCGUAUUCUAAACGAUUUUGUUAUUCGAUAAGAAAUUAUAAUAGUGAAAGACUUGAAGGCUAUCAUGGCUUGAUUUUUCCUGAGAGGAGGGUUACACUACAUGGGAGCUGCAAUGGAUUAAUUUGCUAUACCAAAUUAGAUGAUGUUUUUAGUCAAAUUUAUUUAUGGAAUUUUACUAUUCGGAAAUUGAAAAUUCUGCCAAAAUCCAAAUAUUUUUCACAGCACACUGCUUAUGGAUUUUGGUACGAAAGAAAUUCUGACGAUUACAAGGUUGCGAAGAUCUCUUGUACAGAGGUAUUUAGGGUUGAGGUGUAUAGUCUGAGCAGCAAUUCAUGGGAUCUGAUCGCGACUAGUGGUCCUUCAUAUUCCAAGACUUUCUUUGAUAAAGUUGUACAUGUUAAUGGUACUUUGUAUUGGCUGGCAUCGGACCAAAUAUAUUGGUGGAGAAAUAGGAGGAUUAUUUCUUUAAAUAUGAAAGAUUUAAUGUUUCGAGAUACUCUAGUGUGGCAUGCAGAGGAAAGCAGAUCAGUUGUAACGUUUGAUAUGUUGGGGGCAGGCGGUCGUGUCAUUCUUUUGUUUUCUUUUUAUAACUCGGGAACGGACCAUAUGGGCAUACAUGUGUAUGAUGAAAAUUUGAACGAUCUAUAUAGGUAUGAAUCUGGAAGUAGUGAGAAAGAAUAUUUUCGUCCACUGGGUAUGAGAAGCAGCGGCAAUGAAGUUCUUUUUCAGAAGCUUGGUACUGAUGCACCAAUUGUGGUUUUUGAUGCAGGGGAUUUCAAAUUCAAGGAGUUUUGUUCCUCAACCAAAACUAUUUUCCGGGCAAUACCUUUUGUGGAGACCCUGGUUCUACUUGAUGAUGGAGACUCUAGAUCACUUCCAAAUGCUCCAUAA